UUCCCCCAAGGGAAGAGGAGCAAUAUUAUUAUUAUUAACCAGGUACUGUACGCGCACAAAGUAGGCCAACAACUUACAAGCGGGCACGACACAGCCAUGACGUCGCUGGUCCCGCGUAAGCCGUACACGGACGAUGAGCUCCGGAAGCUCUACCCAGACAGCCUGGAGCUGCAGCUGGUGCAGAUCCUGAUGCGCCACGGCGAGCGCACCCCCAUCUCGGCGCGCUUCCAGAACGCCGGACUAACGCCAUGGUGGCCGUAUUGUUCCAGCGCGCGCCACAUGCGGUCGGCCGUCCUCGCUGCUGCAGACACGACGACCGACCACCCCUUCGACACCAUGAAAUGGAAGCGUCGUCUGGAGACAUUUGGGCCCAAUGACGAGCCCGUCGUCGCCCGCGGCCCCAAGGGCGAGACGGACGACAUCUGCGACCUGGGCAGCCUGACCGACCUCGGCAGGCAGAGCACGUACAAGCUGGGCCUGCGCCUGCGCCAGCUCUACAUUGAUCGGCUGGGCUUCCUGCCUCCGACCAUCUCCUCCGCCGACUUCCUCUACCUGCGCUCCACGCCGGUGCCCCGCGCGCUGGAGUCCCUGCAGCAAACCUUCUCGGCGCUCUACCCACCCUCUACGCGGAACCCGGGGCCGGACGGCAAGUUCCCCGCCCCCACCAUCCUCUCGCGUGUGCCGGGAGACGAGACGCUCUACCCCAACGACGGCAACUGCCGCCGUUUUGCCGCGCUCGCCAACGCCUUCGCCCAGCGCGCCGCCGACAGGUGGAACAACACGUCCGACAUGGAGUACCUGCAGAAGAUCUACGGCAAGUGGAUGCCCAACGGCAACAAGGUCGCCGUCGACUCGCACCCACGCCUGUCGGGCAUCAUGGACACCGUCAAUGCUACGCUGGCCCAUGGGCCGGAAACCAAGCUUCCUAAGGAGUUCUACGACGGGAAAGCGCGGGAUAUCAUGGACAAGGUUGUCGUGGAGGAAUGGUUCGCCGGGUACGUCGAGUCCAAGGAGUUCCGCACGCUGGGGAUAGGGGGCCUGCUUGGGGAUAUCGUCGGGCGGAUGGUCGGGAGCGUGGAGCAGCAGACGGGGACGGGCGGGCCGGACUCGCUGCUGAAGCGGACGGGGCAGGAGGACCAUAGCGCCACGAUCCGGUUCGGCCUGAGCGGGUGUCACGACACCACGCUCGCGGGUGUUCUGGCGAGCCUGGGCGCGUACGGCAUGGACCGGUGGCCGCCAUUUACGAGCCACGUCGCGAUUGAGCUGUUCAGGGAGUCCAAGAUCCCGCCCCCCGAGGCAGAGCCGGCGAAGAAGAGCUGGUGGACUUCGCUGUUUGCUGCCGCCGGAGGGCCUACAAACAUCGGCCGGCGACCGACGACGGAGCUGACGGCCGCUGAGAAGAACAAGCUCGAUGGAUACUACGUGCGGAUACGCUACAACGACGAGCCCGUCACUGUACCGGCUUGCCGGCUGCCGGGGAACCAUCUUAAGGGCGACGAGUCGUUUUGUACGCUGGCCGCCUUCAAAGCCGUUGUUGACAAGUUCACCCCGACGGACUGGAAGCAGCAGUGCCGAAUGAACAGAGACCAGCCCACUCUCCCGACCGGAGAGCCGGAAUGGGCGGGCCACUGAGGGCCGUUGAUCAUCUAGCGCUUAUUGAGUGUAGCCAGAAUAACCAGCCCAAAUUUGCUGCGGUUCGAACGAGAGGGAGGGAGGAGAUACCUACCAGGUAAGAGGCAGAGCCUUGGCUACCUAUCCUCUCCGGUUGGACAUGAUUUCAGCGGACUCGAACAGA